AUGGAACAAUCAGAGGAACACAUGGCAAUUGAAGCCGCAGGACAUCUGUUUAGGAAGAUGGGAGAGUUCGAUGUAAAGACGAUUGCAAAGAUAUUGGUGAAUGGGAAGCGACAUCCUUUGAUUAGAAUGGACCGCUCAUCAUUGGGCGAUGAUGUGGUGUACAUCGCAGCGGCACUCAAGCAACAGGCCAUGGUCGAGACAUUGGACCUUUCGAGCAAUGGUAUCACAUCCAGCGCCAUCAAAGACCUGGCCGAAGCACUCACCACCAACCAACACUUGCUCUACCUCAAAUUGGACAACAACCCGAUCAGCGAUGACGGUGUCGCCCAUCUGGCUCAAGCACUCUCUCAACCGGACAUCGUGUUAAAGUCAUUAUAUCUCUCAGACUGCCGCAUCAGUGAUCGCGGCGCACUUGCGUUGGCCGAGGCGCUAAAGUCCAACAAGUCGCUGGUGACUGUGCACAUCAAUAGUAACCGGGCCAUUGGCAAUGAUGGCGCUUCAUCCAUCGCCACAGCACUGGAGCAUAAUACUACAUUACGCAAUCUCAGUAUGUUCCAGUGUUCAAUUGGUGAUGAAGGCGCUACACGCAUGCUGGCUUGCUUGGACAACACUGGCGUGCUCAAUCUCAAUCUCAAGUGCAACCAGAUUGCCAAGACAUUGAUGGAUCAGCUGUCAGAGUGCACGAUCAACAAGAAGGUCAAGGAAAGGAACAAGCGUAUCCAGGCUGUGGCACAUGACCUCAUCACUGAAGAGGCCGAACGAAUGGUCAAGAUCAAGAUGAUCGACCUUGGUAAAAAGGAAGAGGAGAUCCAGACCAAGCAGACCGAACUCAAUGUCAAGGUGAAGGAGUUUGAGAAGAAGAAAGACAAGGUGGACAAGAAGGAGAAUGCAAAGAAGGCCAAGGAAGAGAAGAAGAAGGAGAAGGAAGAGAAGAAAACCAGGGCCAAGGUGGAGAAGGAGGAGAAGCGAGAAAAGGACAAAGUGGAGAAGGAGCGAAGGAUAAAGGUUAAAGAAAUGGAGAAGGAUGCAGCACUCAAGAGGAAAGGAGCCGAUUCAAUGACCCUGGUAAUUGCUGGCGAUAACAAGAUUGAUAAGGAAACAUUGGUAGAGUUGUUCUUGGAUAUAGUUGAAGACACGAGUGUCCUGUCUGAUUCGGACUUUGAGAAGACUGUUAAAGGAUUGAUGUCUGUUGAGGGCCGAACUGUGGAGUUCACAAUAAUCAAUACAAGUGGCCAUGAUCGAUUCUCAAGACUGAGAGCACUCCAAUAUGAACAUGCCGAUGCCGCACUGGUAGUGUACUCGGCAAGCGACCGUGUAUCAUUCGAGGAUGUAUCAUUCCAGUGGCUGCCAGAGAUCAACUACAUGGGCAAGCGACCGAUCUUUGUCUGUGGAAUGCAUACUGACUCACGUAACGACGAAGACUUGAGGCCGACCGACGUCUCUGCCGAUGAGGGCAAGGAGCUGGCCAAACAAGUGGAGUCACGAGGCUUCUUCGAGCCCUGCACCCUAGAGGACAUGCGCAAGAUGAUGACAACCGUCUACAAAGAGCUAAAGAAGAAGAAGUAG